UCCAUCUUUCAGAGAGAACUUAAUGUGAAAAUGGCUGAAGAAGACUCAUCAUCAUCUUCAUCUGCUUCUGCCUCUCAGGAACAAGAACAGCUUAAAAACAGAAACUUGGUAGUUUUCUCUGUGGCUGCAGACCAUCACACAGAUGAUUUGACUGAAGCCCCCACAACUCUGUCUAGUUUUGCCAGUAUCAAGCUUGGCACUGGGUCUGUCAAAAAACUAGUAAUCAAAAACUUUAAAGAUAAACCUCUGAUACUAGAAAACUAUACUGAAGGAACAUGGCAAAAAUUAAAAGAAGCUGUACAUGCUAUCCAGAACAAUAUCUGUGUUAAAUACAGCUUGGAAGAACUCUAUCAGAGUGUUGAAAAUCUUUGCUCCUACAAUUUAUCUGCAAACUUAUAUAAACAGUUGAAGCAGCUUUGUGAACAGCACAUCAAAGCAGAAAUUCAUCAGUUCAGAGAGUAUUCUUUGGAUACUGGCCCUUUUCUAAAGAAAAUGGAUAAAUGCUGGCAAAAUCAUGGCAGACAAAUGAGCAUGAUCAGGAACAUUUUUCUGUUCCUAGAUAGAACUUAUGUUUCUCAAAUUUCGAUGUUGUCUUCCAUUUGGGACAUGGGCCUCGAAUUAUUUAAAUCAUAUAUAAUUUGUGAUCAGAAUGUUCACAACAGGAUCAUAGAUGGAAUUCUUCUGUUGAUUGAAAAAGAAAGAAAUGGUGAAAUGAUUGAUCGAUGUCUGAUUCAAAGGCUUUUAACUAUGCUUUCUGAUCUACAGAUUUACCAAGAGUCAUUUGAGAAUAAAUUCUUAGAAGAAACAAGCCAGUUCUAUGCAGCAGAGGGAAGGAAGAUAAUGCAAAAAAAGGAGAUUCCUGGGUGUCUUUACCAUAUCCAGAAGCUCUUAGAAGAAGAGGUCGACAGAGUUAGAACCUACCUACACCUUAACACACAGAAGCUACUAAUUGCUAUUGUAGAAAAGCAGCUUCUAGGUGAACAUUUAUCAGCAGUUCUUCAGAAAGGCUUAUGCUAUCUUCUUGAUGAAAACAGGAUUGAGGAUUUGUCUCUACUUUAUCAACUGUUUAGUAGGGUAGACUGUGGAGUUCAAGUUCUUCUCCAACACUGGAUUGAUUAUAUAAAGAAAUUUGGUAAUGGCAUAAUGACUAAUCCUGUGAAAGAUAAGACAAUGGUGCAAGAACUUCUGGAUUUUAAAGAUAAGAUUGAUUUUAUUAUUGAAACAUCUUUUCUGAAGAAUGAAAAGUUUAUUGUUGCCAUGAAAGAUGCUUUUGAAACAUUUAUAAAUAAAAGACCUAACAAACCAGCUGAGCUUCUAGCGAAGUACGUGGAUUCAAAACUCCGUGCAGGUAACAAAGAAGCUACAGAUGAAGAACUUGAAGAAUUAUUGGAUAAAGUAAUAAUUUUAUUUAGGUUCAUUAAUGGGAAAGAUGUUUUUGAAGCCUUCUACAAAAAAGAUUUAGCCAAACGUCUUUUACUUGGCAAGAGUGCUUCAGUGGAUGCAGAAAAAUCAAUGCUGUCUAAACUUAAACAAGAAUGUGGAACUGCUUUCACUAAUAAACUUCAAGGAAUGUUUAAAGACAUGGAGCUUUCCAAAGAUAUCAUGAUUCAGUUAAAACAGUAUAUGCAGAAUCAGAAUAUACCCGGAAACAUUGAAUUAACUGUGAAUAUUCUGACAACGAGUUUUUGGCCAGCCUAUAUCCCUAAGGAGAUCCAGUUACCCCCAGAGAUGGAAAAACUUCAGGAAAAUUUCAAAAAUUUCUACUUAAGCAAACACAGUGGCAGGAAGCUUCAGUGGCAGUCAACUCUUGGACACUGUGUUCUUAAAGCUGAAUUUAAAAAGGGCAAAAAAGAACUUCAGGUGACCCUUUUCCAAGCAUUGGUGCUGUUGAUGUUUAACGAAGGAGAUCAGUUCAGCUUAGAAGAAAUUAAGGUGGCUACUGGACUAGAGGAUAGAGAACUAAGAAGAACUCUACAGUCAUUAGCUUGUGGCAGAGCUAGAGUUCUCAUCAAAAAUCCUAAAGGCAAAGAUGUGGAAGAUGGUGACAAAUUCUUUUGUAAUGAGGAUUUCAAACACAAACUCUUCAAGAUAAAAAUCAAUCAAAUCCAGAUGAAAGAAACGGUAGAGGAACAUGCCAUCACCACACAGAGAGUUUUCCAAGACCGACAAUAUCAGAUUGAUGCUGCAAUUGUUCGUAUAAUGAAGAUAAGGAAAACACUUAGCCACAGUGUACUUCUGUCAGAACUGUAUAACCAGCUAAAAUUUACACUGAAGCCUUCUGAUCUGAAGAAGAGAAUAGAAUCCUUAAUUGACAGAGACUACAUGGAAAGAGAUAAAGAAAAUCCAAACCAGUACAAGUAUAUUGCAUGA